UUUUUGGGGACAGCAGCUGCAGGCAUUUGUAACUCUUAGUCUCUUACUCUCAGACGCCAGGCGAGCAGGGCAAAGGCAGGCCAGGGACCCAUAGCAUGUGAGGGGCAGGAAGCAUGUCUGUGUGGGGAUCUGUCAGGAAGAAGGGAUGCCCGGUCUGAAGCAUGGUACAGGAAGGGCUCGAACGACGGAGAAGAGCAACUGGCGUCUGCACAGAUGGAUGGAUGGAUGGACAAAUGGAAAUUGCCCGAUGAGAAGAGGAAGAGUAGAAGCAGGAACUGACUGACCAAGAAGUUCAGAGGUUGAUGCAGAAGGUGGUUACUGAACGCUGAGAGGAAGGCAGGCAGCCUGAUCCCCUCACCACCUGCUUCCCACGCCUCUCACAGGGUCCCUGGCCUCAGCUGUAUCCUGACUGAGUCCGCAAUGGAUGCCUUUAGGGGAGCUCCCCGAUUUCUUGCCUAUCCCCGCACAUUCACAGUGCAGAGUGGGGAUAAUGCUGUACUGAAAUGGCAAGUGACUGGCGAACCACGUCCCAGCAUUGUCUGGGAGAAGGAUGGCUCUGAGCUGGAGUUAUCAGGCCGAAUAUUUGUGAUGGCUGAUGAGGAUGCAUAUAGCUUGCUGGUGUCUCAAGCUGCUCCAACAGACAGUGGACGAUAUAUGUGCAAAGCUAAAAACAGUGUGGGUGAAACCUAUGCAGCUGUUACUCUCAAAGUGGAGGCCAGAGAGCAGCAACCCAAGGUUAACCUUGAUGCCCAGCCUCCAGUCUUCCUCAAUAGGCCAAUCUCGGCCCAGGUGGCCCGAGGAGAGAAUGUGACUUUUUCCUGCAGGGUUUCAGGGCGGCUUUCAUGGGAAAAGGACGGGCACAAACUUUCAGAUAUCUUUGAGAGCAGCCAUUACAAGGUGGCCGCAGAGCCUGAUGACUGGCACUCUCUGCACAUCUAUAACGUCCGUCUCCCAGAUGCAGGGGUUUAUGUGUGCCGGGCACAGAACAACUUUGGAGAGACCAUGGCUGCAGCCGUGCUCCUAGUGGAUUCCAUGACAUGCCAUCCCCAUGAUGAAUCCUUUCAGGAUGCUCCCACAAACUGCCAUUUCAAAAAGCAUCCAGAGGCACAAGAGGUUAAGAGGCGAAGACAUCACACAGAACAAAAUGGGUUUUCAGAUGCCAGGCAGAAUGGGGAGGUCCUUCCCCGUCUACCUACGACAAAAGCCUUUACGGUGAAUGAAGGGAAACAUGCCAAGUUCCGCUGCUAUGUCACUGGCAAACCCAAGCCAGAGAUCGUCUGGCAGAAGGAUGGGAAGGCGUUGUCCCCUGGGCGGAGACACCUGCUCUAUGAGGACCGGGAGGGCUACUUCAUACUCAAGGUCCUUUACUGCACGGCACGCGACUGUGGGCUCUACGUGUGCACAGCCUGCAACACAGCUGGUCAGACCCUCAGUUCUGUGAGACUCUAUGUUAAAGAACCCCGAGUGCGGUUCCAGGCACCUUUGGUGGAUGUGGAAGUGCUGGAGAGCCAAGAUGCGAUAUUAGAGUGCCAAGUGCCUGUUGCGACCAUCCCUACAGUGUGGUAUCUUGAAGAUAAGCGACUGCAUCCCAGUCCCAAGUACCUGAUAGAGGAACAGGGCUUGCUGCGGCGGCUGACGGUGCGAGACGCCCGGGCUGACGAUGAUGGUAUCUACCUAUGUGAGAUGGAGGGCAAGGGCCGCAGCAUUGGAGAGCUCUCAGUCCAAGGUCUGAUAGUGAAGCGGUUGCCGCGAAAGUUAGAUGUGAUGGAAGGAGAAAAUGCUGCUUUUUACGUGGAGACACGUGAACCCGUGGAAGUGCCAAGCUGGGGCCGUAAUGGGCAGGAAUUGUUGGAAGCGCCACACACCCUCAUCAGGAGCUUUGGCAAAACGCAUCUCCUUGUGCUGGUGCAUGUGUCACGGCAUGAUGCCGGAGUCAUCACUUUCACAGCUGGCGAGUCACAAACUUCAGCACAGCUCCGUGUCAAAUGUGCCAAGAGAAUCCCACCAAGUGCACCUGUGGCAGCAAAGAUGUGCACAUCACGCAGCAAUGCUGCUCUCCUAACCUGGUGUCCACCAUCUGAUAUGCACCGGAGUCCACCAAGCAGUUAUGUCAUUGAGAGGCAGGCCUUGGGAGAGGCCGAUUGGGUGUCAUGCCUGACCACUGAUGUUGCCAGCAUGGUUGAAGUUCCAGGUGAUGGUGUGCCGCAGGAAGGGGACUACUGUUUCCGUGUGUGUUCUGCCAAUCAGUACGGAUGCAGUGAACAUGUGGAAUUCCCAGGGUCUGUUCAUCUUGUGCCCAAGGCCCGUGUACAAAGAGGACUGCAAGAUGUUACAGUUCACACUGGUGGGGAUGCUACGUUUUCAGUCCAGCUUUCAAUCACCAUAUCAGGUUGCUGGUUCUUCAACAGAAGAAAGCUAGAAAAGGAAGAAGAAGACCAGCAGUACCAGAUCACACACUGUGGAACAGACCAUGCCUUGAAAAUUAGCCAAGUACAGCUAUCUGCCAAUGGGUCUGAGGUUCGAUUUGAGGCCAAUGGUGUAAAGGAAUGUGCUGUUUUGCACGUGCAAGCCCCACUGGUGCACAUCACCCCAGUGCCUGAGGCCAGGAGACUCCAGACACUAUUGGCGGGGAUGCCCCUGGUCCUGGAGUGUGAGGUCUCCACACCUGAUGCUCCCACCUUGUGGUUCAAAGAAGGAAACCCUGUGUCUUUGGAUGAGGGUGCUCUUCUUGUCCAAUCAGAAGGCUGCAUUCGCAGGCUGUUAAUUUCCUCAGUCUCAUCUUUGGAUUCUGGGACAUAUACCUGUGAUGUAGGUGAUGAUGCCAUCACCUUCAGGGUAACUGUGGAUGAGCUUCCUCUGAAGGUUAUUCACUCCAAUGCCAAAGAAGCCCAAGCUUAUGAAGCUGCAGAACGUGUGAUGUUGACCUGUGAAUUAUCCCGCCCUGAUGUCCCUGUGCACUGGUACAAGGAUGGAGAAGCAGUGGAAGAAAGAGAUGGGGUCCUGCUGGAAAGCGAGGGAGCUCUCUGCCGAUUGGUCAUCACUUCGGCACAAGCACAGGACUCAGGAGAAUAUAUGUGCGACAUUGGUGGAGAUUCUGUCUUCUUCAACAUCACUGUUACAGAACCUCCUGUAACUGUUGUAAAAUCCAAUGCUGAAGAUGCCCAUGCCUACCAGGUUUCCCAGCAUGUGGUCUUAAGUUGUGAGUUGUCCCGUCCCAAUGCUCCUGUUGUUCGCUGGUACAAAGAUGGGGAAGAGGUGGAAGAAAGUGAUGGCUUCCUUUUGGAGAGAGAGGGCUCACACUGCCAGCUGACCAUUCCCUCUGCACAGAUCCACGAUACAGGAGAGUUUGUCUGCGAUGUGGGUGGUGAUUCUGUUUUCUUCAAUAUUACUGUCACAGAACCUCCUGUCCAGGUUGUGAGCUCCAAUACAGAUGAACCUCAUACCUAUCAACCCUUGGAUCAGGUGACAUUGACCUGUGAACUGUCCCGCCCUAAUGUUCCUGUUCACUGGUACAAAGAUGGGGAAGAAGUAGAGGAGAGAGAGGGUCUUCGGCUAGAGAGUGAAGGGUGCCACCACAGACUGGUCAUUGCCUCUGCUCAGGUGCAAGACACAGGAGAAUUCGUAUGUGAUGCAGGUGGCGACUCGGUCUUCUUCAACAUUACUGUUACAGAACCUCCAGUAAAGGUUGUGCUCUCUAAUGCGGAUGAGGCUCAUGCCUACCGGGUCGGGGAGCGUGUGGUGCUGUCCUGUGAGCUGUCUCGCCCAGAUGCUCCUGUGUGCUGGUACAAAGAUGGAGAAGAGGCGGAAGGAAGGGAGGGCCUCCUGAUGGAAAGAGAGGGCCGGCAUUGCCAGCUAAUCAUACCCUCAGCUCAGGUCCAAGAUUCAGGGGAGUUUCUGUGUGAUGCGGGUGGUGAUUCUGUUUUCUUCAACAUCAGCAUUGCAGAGCCACCUGUGAAGAUUGUGCACUCCAAUGCAGAUGUAGCCCACACUUAUCAAGCCUCAGACCGUGUUGUGCUGUCUUGUAUGGUGUCCUGCCCCAAAGCCCUCGUUCGCUGGUACAAAGAUGGGGAGGAAGUUGAGGAGGGGGAAGGCCUACUGUUAGAGAGUGAAGGCCCCUAUCAACGGCUCAUCCUUCCCUCUGCACAGGUGCAGGAUACGGGGGAGUUUGUGUGUGAUACGGGCACUGACUCUGCCUUCUUCACUGUCUCUGUUGCAGAGCUGCCUGUUCGAGUUGUGCAUUCUAAUUCCGAUGCAGUUCACGUCUAUCAGGUCUCAGAGCAUGUGGAGUUGACAUGUGAGUUGUCCUGUGCUGAUGUUCUGGUGUGUUGGUACAAGGAUGGUGAAGAGUUGGAAGAAAACGAUGGACUCCUGCUGGAGAGUGAAGGGCUUUAUCGCCGUCUGGUCAUCACUGCAGCCAAAGCUCAGGAUACAGGGGAAUAUGUGUGUGAUGCUGGUGGUGACUCUGUCUUCUUCAAUGUCACUAUCACAGAGCCCCCAGUGCAGAUUGUAUACCCAGCUGAACGUUCAGUGGAGAAGCAAAUAUGGGCAUCUGAACGCCUGGAGCUGACUUGUGAGGUAUCCAUUCCUGAUGCUCCUGUUCGCUGGUUCAAAGACGGCUUGGAGGUGGAUGAAACAGACAACCUCUUGCUUCAGGUGGAGGGUGCUGAGCGCCGCCUGCUCGUACUGCAAGCAGGUGCAGAAGAUGCUGGAGAAUAUAUCUGUGAGACCAAGGAUGAAUCUGUUUCUUUUGAUGUCAAGGUUUCAGACCCUCCAGUACGGAUUGUAAGGCGUGAUGAGCUGCAAACACACUACCGCUGCCUGGCUUCAGAGGACCUUACGCUGUCCGUGAUGCUGUCUUGCCCUAAAGGAGAGGUGAAGUGGUACAAGGACGGAGAGAAGCUGCAAGACACAGAGCGUGUGCGGCUGGAGCAGGAUGGAACGUGUCAUACGUUGGUGAUUCUGGGAGUAAAACGUGGUGAUGCAGGGGAGUAUCUGUGUGACAGCGGUGAUGACAACCUCAUCUUCUAUGUGACGGUGGAGGAGCCUCCGAUCUCCAUUGUAGGAAACACAGAGGUGCCAGAACAUCACUCUUUAGCAGCAGGAGAAGCCCUAGUAUUGGUUUGCAAGGUAUCUUCACCCAAUGCUGUUGUGCGCUGGUUACGGGAUGAUGAAGAGUUAAUAUCCAGCAAGCGUAUUCGCAUUGAAGCCCAUGGAAAUCAUCGGCAACUCACUAUUCUUGGAGCUAAACCAGGGGAUUCGGGCUCCUAUGUGUGUGAUGUAGGGACAGACCGGAUGGUGACCACAGUAGAAGUGGCAGCACCCCCUGUUAGCAUUAUGAAUAAGACGGAUGCCCAGCUGCCUGUGGAAGUUCAGGAAGGGGAGAAUGUCACCCUGGUUGCUCGUCUUUCCCAAGAGAAGGCUUCUGUCCAGUGGCUGAAGAAUAUGCGGCCACUUUACCCCGGGCCACGUGUGGUUGUGAGCAAUGACGGACUAACACGUAGCCUCACCAUCAGGCAAGCUGAGCCAGGUGACAGCGGCAUCUUUAGCUGCGAUACCGGAGAUGAUGAAAUACAUUUCACAAUGUAUGUGCGAGAGGCUCCCGUGCUGUUUGUGCCAAAACCAGAUCAUCCUGAGAAAGUGCUGGUGCUGGAGGGGGGCAGUGCGGUGCUCUCGGCCAUUGUCUCCAAGGAGUCAGCCGUGGUCAGCUGGAAGGGGCCGUGGGGCUCCCUGGUGGCAGGCGAGAACUGCCAGCUCCGCAGAGAGGGACGGGUGCACAGUCUCCUGCUGAACAACGUGAGCAAGGCUGAUACUGGCGAGUACAUAUGUGAAUCCGCUCAUGACCAGAUGUGUUUUGAGCUAAGUGUCAAAGAGUUGCCCGUGAAGUUUGUUCGGGGCCUCUCAGAUGUGUCAACAUUACAAGGGGAGACAGUUCUCUUCUGGUGUGAGCUAUGCAAAACCAAGGGUGAUGUUGUGUGGCAGAAAGAUGGCAAGGAGCUGGAAAACAAUGAAUAUGUGGAGAUCCGAGCAGAGGGACGGGAGCGUUCUUUGACCUUGAGCCAUGUGAGGCCAGAGGAUGCUGGCGAAUACUCAUGUGAAAGCAAGGACGACCGCACCUUGGCUAUUCUUACAGUCCAGAUUCCCAGGUUGGUGGAGAUUAUUUCUGAGCUGCACAACUUAACUGUUCUGGAGGGGGAUGAUGCCACCUUCAAGGCUGUAGUGUCUCCAGAUGAUGUGGUCCUACAGUGGCAGCUGAAUGGCCAGGAUGUGGUGCCCAGUGAACGACUGACUAUAACUAAGAAUGGACUGUGCCAUACACUCACCAUAAAGCAGUGUCGACUGAGUGACACUGGCAUAGUAACCGUCUACGCAGAAGGUCUAAUGAGUUCAGCCAGGCUCAGUGUCCAAGAGGCUCAGGUGUUGUUUGUUCAGAUGCUGCAUGACUUGGUGGCUGAGGAGGGCCAAGACGUACGCUUAGAAGUGGAACUGAGCCUGGAGAGUGCAGAGGUGCAGUGGAUGAAACAAGGCAUUCUGCUCCAGCAGAACUCCAAGUUCUCCAUGGAGGCCCAUGGUCCUCAGAGGGCCCUCACCAUCUACAACAUUGAGUUGGCAGAUAGAGGCACCUAUCGUUGUGAGAGCCUGCAUGACCGCACCCAAGCCAGGAUGAGCGUGGAACCUCGAAAGGUAAUGGUGAAGAAACCACUAUCAGAUGUGGAGACUUUUGAGAAGGAGACAGUGACAUUUGAGCUGGAGCUAUCCCAUCCCAAUGUGUCUGGGGUCUGGACUCGGGAUGGCAUCCGUGUGAAGCCUGGUUCUACAUGCCGAGUGAGUGCCACGGGUUGCACGCACAGCCUGACACUGCUGGGGCUCACGCAAGAUGACUCGGGGACUGUGGCCUUCACUGCUGACACUGUGCGGAGCAGCGCCCGUCUUACUGUUCAAGAGCCUCCAGUAACUAUGCUGCGCCUUCCCCAGGAUAUGGGCAUCCCUGAGACCGGCUCUGCCACCUUUGAGUGUGAGCUAUCCCGGCCUCUAGCAGAGGUGAAGUGGUACAAGGAUGGGGAGGAGAUCCAGAUGGGCCCCACUCGCCGCAUGUAUUCAGUGGGACGUCGGCGCCUCCUGCAGCUCAAUCAUUGUAGCCUUGAAGAUGCGGGCGAGUACACAUGCGAUGCUGGUGACUGCCGUGCCUCUGCUAAGCUGCGAGUUUUUGAACGGCAGGUGCAGAUUUUGCGAGAUCUGGAGGAUAUUCGGGUACGGGAAAAUGAGAAUGCUGUUUUCAUGUGUGAGGUAUCACUUGAGGAGGUGAAAGGGGAAUGGUUCCGGGAUGGAGAGAGAAUCAAAGUUACCAGCACUGUGAAAAUACGCCAGGAAGGAGCCCGGCACUUCCUGCUUCUGUGCUGCGUUCAUCCUGAGGAUGCAGGCCAGAUCCGUUUUGUGGCCAAAGCAGCCACUUCUGAAGCACGCCUGGAAGUGGAGGCAUUGCCCAUUCGCAUUGUGAAGCCACUGAGGGACAAGACCGUACUAGCGCGGCACAAAGCCACACUAGAAUGCACAGUCUCACAGUCUCGUGGACGUGUGCGCUGGUUUCGUGGUGACACAGAGAUCUUUGCUGGCCCCAAGUAUGAGAUAUGCAACUUGGAUUGUUAUCGAACCCUGGUUAUCCACUGUAUUGAGCCUGCAGAUGAAGGCCUGUACACCUGCGAUGCACUGGAUGACUGCUCCACAGCCCGCCUGCUAGUGGAGGCUGAAGGUAUCCAGGUGGUGCGAGGCCUGAGGAACGUGGAAGUGGUCGCUCCCUCUGAGGCUCAGUUUGAGUGUGAAAUAUCUGCUCCUCCAGGAUUUAGCCCCCAGUGGAGCCUUAAUGGGGAGGAGUUACAGCCUAGCUCACAAGUGCAUAUGGAGAGCACAGGACACAUCCAUCGGCUGAGGCUCUGUCAGACAACACCUGGAAUGAAUGGGAUGGUAAAAGUUACCAUUGGCAGUGCCCGUUCGAAAGCACAUCUCACAGUCCGAGAGCACUAGCAUCAGGAGGGUGCUGAAUGUAACCACAGCAGAUGCCAGGACCACAAGGGAAAGGUGUAAACAGUAUGUUGGAUGGUUGCACAGACAGCUGGAAGAAUGAACACACAGAUGGACAGUUUUUUCUGUUUCCCUCUUCUGCAUGACAAGGGAAGCAGGUUCUGUUUUAUUAAAUGCAUUUGAUUCCUGAUUUAUUUCUAAAAUUAAAUUCUAGUGGUCUUUA